ACUCGUAUAGCCAGCCAAAUAUUCAGAAUUCAAAUAAAUAAAACAUGUCUACUUAUUCGGCUUCCAAGAUGGCGUGUCUUCAUAUAACCACUAAUGUCCUAGAAAUCACGAUUCUAAUCUCACUAAGAAAUCCUCAACGUCAUCUCCCCUACAUAUAAAAUCCACAAAACAUCAGAGCUCCGUCAAUGGCUCCACUCAAAAUCCUCAUCUGCGGAGGCGGCAUAGCAGGCCCGGCCUUAGCCUUCUGGCUCGCCCGCUCCGGGCACCACGUCGUCAUCGUCGAACGCCACCCGGCUCUUCGGGCGACAGGAGCCCAGGUCGAUCUCCGAGAACAGGGCAUCGACAUGGUCAAGAAGAUGGGACUCGACGAGACUUUCCGCUCGAAACUCGUUGACGAAACUGGUUUUGCGCUGGUGGAUUCUGAAGGCAGGAUUAGGGCUACUGUUUUGGCUAAUAGGUCUGGUAGGGGCGCGCAGUCUUUCACGUCGGAGUAUGAGAUCAUGCGUGGGGAUGUGGUGAGGAUACUCUAUGAUGAGACGAAAGAUGCGGAGAAUGUGGAGUAUGUGUUUGGAAAGACCGUGGAGAGCUUUGAGCAGGACGGGGAUAAUGUCGUUGCUCGUUUUUCAGACGGCUCGUCUGACAGGUUUGAUAUACUGGUCGGCGCUGAUGGCCAGGGGUCGCGUAUUCGACGAGCCAUCCUUCCACCGAACACCCCGGAACCUUACCGCCGAUUGGGCAUAUAUAUUGCAUACUGGUUUAUACCACGUACAGCGGAAGACACUAUCCUCCGCCGGACCUAUCUUGCCCCGGGGGGUCGCAUGGUAUUUCGUAGAAGCCACAACCCGACGGAGACACAGGUCUAUUUCUUUCUCAGAGACGACAACCCAGAAUUUCAGAGCAUUCCGAGAGCCUCGGUAGAGAAACAGAAGGAGUUCUGGGCGGAAAAGUUCAAAGAUGCCGGGUGGCAGAUGAACCGGUUCAUCGAGGGCAUGAAGACGACCGAGAACUUCUAUUGCCAAGAAGUCGUCCAGGUUAUCACAGACACCUGGUCUAAGGGCCGAGUCGUCCUUCUAGGCGAUGCGGCACACUGCGCCUCUCCGUUUAGCGGGAUGGGCACCACAGGCGCUCUUAUCGGCGCAUACGUUUUAGCUGGUGAGAUCGUGCAGAAUCCAGAUAACAUACCGAAGGCAUUUGCGAACUACGACAAGAAGCUACGGCCUUUCGUUGAUACGAUACAGAAUAUACGCACGGAGAUGUUCCAGCUGGGGAUGCCUAAGUCGUGGUGGGGCAUCAAGAUAUUCUACUUCGUCGCUUGGUUACUCUGCCUCCUUCGCAUACCCACUCUCGUCGCGAUGUUUUCGAAGGGGGAAAGGGGUGGCUGGAAGAUACCGGAUUAUCCGGAGCUAAAGCCUGCCCGGUAAGACCAUGGGACGCUCCGCCAGCAGUAGCCUAUGAUGGCCAUCUCAAUUGCCCAGGCGCAUAUCCACUCAACUCAAAUCUUACCGUAAGGCAUCACCCGCUCCUUAAAAUGCUUGACUAUAUUCUAGCUGCGGAUAAAAAAUGACCCCGUUAAGGAGAUUCUAUGUAAGUCUUAUACAUGACACGCUAGAGCAUGAGAAUCCUUCUCCAAUGUAUACUAAAAAUACGCCAAUCCACUUUAUUGGUG